AUGAAAGUUGAGCCUGAUACCUCUUUGCAUGUAAAGCAAAUCCUUUCUCGAAUUAAAAUAAUAUGUCAAAAAAUCAAUACUCCCCACCCAUUAGGUGUUUUUUAUGGAGAGAACCCUUUCGAUUACUCCUUUAGCCUAAUAUCGUUUCAAAUCAUACUAAUCAUUUUAAUUUCUCGGAUUAUUCGUCUUCUUCUUAAGCCUCUAAAGCAGCCCAAAAUUGUCUCUGACAUCCUUGGUGGCAUAAUAAUUGGACCCUCUGUACUCGGACAAAGCCCGACAUUUACUCGCACAUUGUUCCCAGAAAAUGCUGUUUUUUUGGUGCAGAAUGUUGGAAUUAUGGGUUUUAUGUAUUUCCUUUUCUUGGCUGGAGUUAAAAUGGAUCUCAACCUGGUUCGAAAAUCAGGAAGGAAACAUAUGUGGACUGCCAUGAUAGGAGUUAUAGUACCCGCUAUAGUUGUGGCUAUGGUCGGGGCCGUUCUUCAAUCAUCCAUGGAUAAAGAACUUGGAAGAGUCUCUGGAAUUGGAGCAGUUGCUACAAAUUUGGCUUUAACAUCAUUUCCUGUGAUUUAUCUCGUCCUCAAAGAGCUAAACCUGCUUAGCUCAGAGGUAGGACGGAUGGCAUUGGCAGUAGCUGUAAUUGGGGAUUUACUUGGUAUUUUUGUUAUCAUUAUUUUUGAGGCAUUGAAACAAGGUGAAUUCAGCACUCAAAGUGCUUUAUGGUAUUCGGUUUCCACAGCUAUUAUAUGGGUAUUUUUUGUCAUUCCUGUUCGAAGAGUAAUGGCUUGGAUUGUUAGGAGAACCCCAGAAGGGAAACCAGCAGAUCAAGGCUUUGUGAUUCUCAUCUUAUUAGGGGUACUUGUGAUGGGAUUCUUCACUGACAUGUUUGGAAUAGCCAUUGCUAAUGGGUCUUUGUGGUUUGGGUUGGUCGUGCCUGAUGGUCCUCCAUUAGGAGCUACAAUUGUGGAGAAGAGCGAGACCAUAGUGAUGGAAAUUUUGAUGCCAUUUGCAUUUGCCUUCAUAGGUUUAUGCACCAAUGUGGUUUCCAUGGCCAGUUAUGGCUGGUCAGGAUUAGCACCUCUCUUUACCAUGUUUAUUGUUGGAUAUAUAUCUAAAAUUGGUUCAGUUUGGAUGUCUGCUCUCUACUUCGAUAUGCCAAUGAAAGAAAGCCUCGCCCUGGGUCUUAUUUUGAAUUUGAGAGGCCAAUUUGAGAUUUUGAUUUAUAUCCAUUGGAUGGAUAAACGGAUAAUUGGUAUCCCAAUGUUCACAAUGUUGGUGAUAUUAACAGUUCUGGUGACUGCCAUAUGCACUCCAUUGAUCGGCAAGCUCUACAAUCCAACGAGGCCUUACAUGGUAAAUAGAAGAAGAACCAUACAACAUAACCCUCCAGGGAAAGAGCUUCGCACAGUAAUAUGCAUCUUUGAUGAAGAAAAUGUAGCUGGUCUCAUUGAUCUCCUUGAGGUUUCAUAUCCAACACAUAAUAAUCCGUUCUCAAUUUAUGGUCUCCAUCUGGUGGAUCUUGUAGGCCGUGCAACUCCAGUGUUUAUAGACCAUGAUAAAUUAGACGAGCCUUUGAAGUAUACAGAACACGAAACCAUCUAUAAUGCCUUUAAAAUUUAUCAAGAAGCAAGGCGUGAUUUUGUAAAGCUCCAUUUCUUCACAGCUUUUGCUGCAAAGCGAACCAUGUACCAAGACAUCUGUGAGUUAGCUUUGUCGAGUAAAGCUUCUCUCAUUAUUUUGCCAUUUGAAAAGGGAAUGCUAGAUGCUCCUCCAAGAACUGAAAUUGUGAGGCAUGGACAUGGAACGCAGUCCAUAAGUUCAAAUGUCAUAGCUCAUGCACCUUGCUCAGUUGGAAUUCUUAUUGACAAGGGUCAUGUUCGCAAACCAUUUAUGUUACACAACAUUGGACAAACAUUCAACAAUUAUGUUAUGUUAUUUUUAGGAGGUGCAGAUGCUCGAGAGGCACUUACAUAUGCGGAUCGAAUGGCUAUGAAUCCUGAGGUUUCUCUCCUGGUAGUAAGGGUCCUUGCAUAUAAUGACGAGGGAAAUAAUGAGUUAGAGAAGAAGCUCGAUGAUGGGGUGGUGACAUCGUUUUGGGUGAAAAAUGAGAAGAAUGAAAGAGUGAUUUAUAGAGAGGUUGUGGUGAGGAAUGGAGAAGAAACUUUGGCCGCAAUCCAAGCCUUUAAUAAUAGUGCUAAUGACCUUUGGAUUGUUGGAAGGAAACAAGGGAUAAAUUCUGUCAUCCUUCAAGGAUUGUCAAAUUGGGGUGAAAAUCAUGAAUUGGGAGUCAUAGGAGAUUAUAUUGCAUCUCUUGAUUUUGGUAGUACAGCUUCUGUUUUAGUAAUACAUCAACAAGUUAUGAGAGGCCAAGGGAUGCCUACAAGUGAAUCAUAAAGAAAUUUUCUUUGUGUAAUCCUUAAUUGUUGCAAAUAUACUUUGAAGGAAUUGAGAAAAAGAAAUUUCGUGUGUAGUAACUUAU